AUGUCGUCCUUUACCACAGAGGCCUUUACCCUGUUUGGCAUCGGGUUCGGCUUCAUCAUGCUGCGGACCUAUGCCCGGCUCUCGAAAACGGGCAUGUUCGGCUUCAAGGCCGACGACUACCUCAUGCUGGUCGCCGCCGUCGUCUACGCCGCCGAGACCGUGCUCGCCUACUCCGUCGGCGCCUACUGGCACGGCAUGGCCAACAGCGGCAUGACCGACGCCGAGCGAGCCGCCCUCAGCCCGGACACCGAGGAGUACCGCAUGCGCGUCACCGGCAGCAAGACCCAGGUGGCCGGCUGGUCGACGUACACGCUGCUGCUGUGGCUGCUCAAGGCGUCCAUGUGCAGCUUCUACCUGCGACUGACAGAGGGCCUCGACUACCGCCGCCGCAUCUACGCCGGCUUCGGCCUGAUUUUCGCGACCUGGGUCGCCGUGCUGCUGUCCAUUCUGCUGGGCUGCCGGCCCAUGUCCAAGAACUGGCAGAUUUACCCUGAUCCCGGCAACGCCUGCCAACCGGCCGUCUCGCACAUCAACGUCUUUGUCACGCUCGUGCUCAACGUCCUCACCGACAUCUAUCUCAUGUCCAUCCCGCUGCCCAUGCUGUGGAAGGCCAACCUGCGGCCCGCCAAAAAGAUUGGCCUCAUGGUCCUCUUCUCCGGCGGCCUCUUUGUCACCGCGGCCGCCAUCCUGCGCUGCGUCCUCAUCAUCACCAACCCCGCCACCAGUGCCCAGCUGGCCGGCGCCUGGGGCUGCCGCGAGACCUUUGUCGCCGUCGUCACCUCCAACGCGCCCAUGAUCUUCCCGCUCAUGCGCUACUGGGGCGGGCCCUUGUUCAGCACCAUGCGCAGCUACUCGUCGCGUGUCCGGCGCUCCGGCGCCGGCAUGGACGGCGCCGCCGGCAACACGGGCGGCAUCGGCCGGUCGGUCAACGGCAUGUUCAUCUUGGAGGACAAGGGCAACCCGCGCUGCGGCUUUGGCGUGCGCUCCGUCCACCCGAUCCCCAACAUGACCUUUUCGGAAAGCGAGGAGUACAUUUACGCCGAGCAGCAGCAGCGAAAAGAACGCAACAUACAGCGGUGCAUCCUCAGCAGCAAGCAGCAGCCGAGCAGCGGCUGCAGCAAAAUGGACUAUGAUGUCGAGCAGCAGUGCCCGGCCGUCUCGUCGUCGACCGGCACCGGCACCGGCGGAUGCUUUGACACGGGCUCUGCGGCUGUGGCCACGGUUGUCCCGUCCGGCAUCACCAAGCAAGUCGUCCUGCAAAUCACCGAAGAGGACGGCCAGCGCCGGCGAAGCACGUUUAUCGUCUCGGGUGGUGUUGCACCGGGGACAGCUUGCCAGGUGAACAAUAACGACAGCGACAACAACAAUGACAAUAACAACAGCAAUAACAACAACGACGACAACAACAACAACAACGCGUCCGACGCCGACUCCACCAUCGACUCGCGCAACAGCUUGGACAUGCUGGAGAAACUUGUCCCCGGCGCACGCCAGGGCAACUACUUUUUGACCAGCAACAACCCCGGCAGCAUCCAGAAGCACCAAAAGCAUCCAAAGCACCAACAGCAGCGGUCGUCCAUCAUCAACUGCCGGGCAGCCGACACAAACUCGCUGUCGACGGCCGCCACGUCUGUCACCUCCCCAUUGGCCGCCCACUCCUGGGACUGCAAGCCACCCGGCGACCAGAGAGGCGACGUGAGCGUCGAAAACAGCAACCGCGGGGCCCUGGCACCGAGCAGUCGGAGACGGUAG